UCUUGUAUAGAAAUUGGGACAAAGCGAUGCGGCCGGGGCAGAUGAGAUGCUGUAUCUGCAGUUCCUCUUUGUGGGGCGGAAUGCGACGCGCCAAGCCCAACAGCUGAGCUACAUCAGCAUCCGCACUCACUUUCUCCACCCACCACUCCCAUCACGACGAGUAAAUUGAGGAGGAUGGAAGACAUACCGUCGCCACAACCGCCAGUACGACCUCCCAGGUCAUCAGGGUCAACUUCUGUAGCAGCAGCUUCUUCUAAUUCUACUUCUUCUGAUACUACUACUACCACCGAAGACUACUCAUUUGCCUCUCUUGCCCGCAAUGCCUUUUCCACCACCGCUUCCGCCCAACGCCUAGACGGGUCAGGUUCAAAGGAGGCAGCCUUCAAGGAGUAUGAUAGGGCUCUCACACUUAUUGAUAAGGCUAUCAAACUCUCAUUGUCAGCCGCUCAUGUGGAGGAGGACGCUGGGAGUAGUAGCAUCGACAUUCCAACGCAGCUUCGUAUUACGCGGAAACACAUUUUGGAAAGGGUCACAGACCUGCAGCAUGAGGGAAACAAUAAUAAUAAUAGUGCUACUGGUGCAAGUGGGCCGGUCCUGGAGCCCCGACAACCUCAAUUCCCUCCGGCGUAUGGCGAGCUGGAAGCGGCGCUGGAGGAAAUAGCGGCAGCAGAGAUGGAGGGGGGGACGGAAGGGCUGAACCCACUCCCCGUACAUGCGAAGGAAGUCUACUUUAUUCCGGGGGAGGUGCAGAUCUACUUUAUUAGUGCGGAGGAUAAUGUGAGCGCCCCCUCGUACCCGUCAUUCCUCAGAUUGGUCACCUUGGAACCGGGCGGAGGAGGGCUUGAAGGUGCCGGGGGUGUGGUAGCCUCAAGUGUGCCGGCUUUUCUUCAAGUGGGGGACUGGACUUAUCCCCUCGUGCCUCAGCAUUCCCCACUCUUCAGAUCCACGGAAGGCAUCUACAUCUUUCCGGACCUCUCCUCGCCUAAUCUCAGAGGUUCCUACGUGGGUCUCAUCCUACCCGAAUCUCUCCCAGCCUCGAGUCGGACUGCCUUUGAGGACACGCUACUCUCUCUCGUCGGCACCAACGCCUUCCCACCCGUCCUCGAACACCCCGCUACCACCACUGCGACCACCGAAGAGGCCACCACCACAAAGCCGGAAAAACCUCCACGACCCCCAGCCCCGGCUACAGGUCAGGUCGCCCCACUUCCGGCCGCGGCGGCACAGGUCGCUGGGGAGAGUGCCGAGCGACGCCUUAGCACCAAAAUAGCCGAAGGAGCGGAAGUCGUGUCUCGUGGCCUGAUUGCAGGGGCGUCGAAAACAUCCAACCUGAUCGAUCGAGGGGCUGCCUUCAUCAACUCUAAGAUUGAGCCGGCUCGGGAGAAGUCAGUGAUUAAGCCUGAAGUGAAGGCAGGGAUGAAAACGGCAAAAACCGUGUCAGGAAAGGCCGUGCAAGUUAGUGGAUUUAUUGUGACUCAAGUUGGUCGCGGCACGAUCGCCCUUGGUCGCUACAUGGCCCCUCAUGUUCACAAAGCAUCCACAAAAUUUCUCGUACGUGCCAGCGGACUGGACGAGAAGGAGGCCAGUGAUAGAGUCGAUUCGGUCCUGGAAGUCACCACCGGAGCAGUCGUGGGCUUCGGUACGGUCUACUUUGGCCUAGAACAUGCCGCCAGAACGCUCGUCUCCUCACUGGCGACCAACAGUGUAUCCGUCGUGCAACAUCGAUAUGGCGACGAGGCUGGCGAAUUAGCCGGCGACACGGCCGCUACGGCAGGGAAUGCCGCCCUAACGGCGUGGAAUGCGAAAAAUCUUGCUCCAAAGGCGGUAGCUAAACGCGUGGCGAAGGACACGGGGAGAUUGGUGAUUAAAGCACAUCAGGAAAAGAGGGGCAAUAAGUCGUCCGGUGUCCCAGGUGCUGUUGCUGCCACUGAAACUACGACUAGUGGAUCUGGUCAAGAUAAUGAGGAGGAAGACGAUAGAACUGCUGGAAAUCCGGAUUCUCAACAAAAACAAAAGUCCAAAUAACAAGUUGUCCAAUAAAUAAAUACUUGGCUGCAUAAGAAUUUUAAUCUCAAUGUACUACUAAAUAUAUGCCAAAGAUUAUAAAAAUAAUAUUAAAGGAGAAAAUAAAUACUCGUAUAAAUAAAUAAA